GACUUGGAGAAAUUCGGAGGGAGGGAGAAGUCAACCUAGAUCUGGAUCGGGCUCGAGGACGCAGGGGUCGGGGCGCACGGCGGCCGGAGCGGAGAGGAAGGGCGCCGGAGAGGGAGGAGGUCGCCGGGUCCGUCGGGGGAGGCGGGCACGGGUGGCGGAGCUCGCCGGGGCGCGGGACGGCGGGAGCUCCGGUGGAGGCGACGUGCGGCGGCGGGGCGCGCCGGGCGAGGUCGCCGGACCUCGUGGCGGGCGGCGGAGGCGGGCGGCCGGACGGCCUGCGGAGGGCGGCGGAGGGCGGAGGCGCCGGGCGCCGACGCAGGGCGCGGGGCGGCGGCGGCGUCCCGGGCCGUGGGGCCGAGGACGGGCCGAUCGAGCCGGCGGCGCGGGGAUCAGCGGCGCGCCACGUGGCGCCACGGGACUGA